CUCAGAAACUUCCAAACGCCUACACCGAGACAUCUGCAUCAUCAGCCUCUAUUCACAUCCACUCCGUACUCGAGCACACUCCAGCCAAAAUGCCCAAGGGACCAAUUGAACCACCCGAGCCCAAGACCGCCGCUCAGGAACAGCGCAUGCACGACCACGAGGCCAAUACCGAGCACUCCAAGAGCGGAAGCAACAGACAGAGCGGUCAGGGUAUGGAGUAUGUCACAAGGAAGACCCACAGUUCGCGGGAAUGGGAGGAAGGUACUGGCAAAGAAGAAGUUCACGGCACUGGAAAACCUAGUAAGGGAUAGGUCGGAGGAGGUCGACGUAUAUUGAAAAGGACUGCAUUUGGGAGAAAACAAAAGCGUAACGACUGUAAUGAUGAAGAAUUUGAAUCCCCUCCAUUCUCCCAGAUAAUUUUCAGGGAUCCUCAAGCAUCUACAGGCAUCCCUUAUUAGAACAACCAGAUCAUUGUUGGAUCAUGGCAGGCUAGAUGAGUUUGGGAGCUUAGGCAUAGUAUAGCAUGGCGAUCUU